ACAUUUAAUAUACUUUAUGGGCUUUCUUCGUAAAACUCAGCCUAAAGUCUUUUGAAAUUUCCCGGUGGUCUUUCUACCGGCGGCAACUGUUGGCUCAGCGGAAGUUCAGAAACUGGCAAAGAGAGCUUUUUGAAAUUUUCUUUCUAAUUCUCUUGCUAGAUAGCGGUUCAAAGGCUAUUGAUUUCGUUCGUUGUUUUUAGGUAUUUACUCUUUCAGUAAUGCAUUGUUUUUUGUGUGCAAAUCGGUGAUUCUGUAUUUUUUUAUAUGUUCAUGUGCAUUGAUCAUUCCCUUUCAAACAGCGAUUUCAUAAGCAUUUGAUAUCUGAGAAGUAUAAAUUCUGUCACUUUUGUUCGAAAAGUUGUUCAGAUUUCAGGUGUAAACUGUUUUGAGUAGAUGCAGAGAAUCAAAGAUAAAUUAUCAACAAGGUUAAUGAAUGUUUGUGUGGCAUCUCUUUGUAAAGCCAAACAAUUAGAGAAAGCUGAAAUUGUUAUAGUUGAUGGCAUACGAAUUGGAUUGCAACCAGAUGUAGUCACUUACAAUACAUUGAUUGCUGCAUAUUGCCGCUUUGUUGGCAUAGAUGCUGGUUAUUCCAUCCUUAAUAGGAUGAAGGAUGCUGGAAUUAACCCUGAUGUUAUUACCUAUAACGCUUUGAUUGCCGGAGCUACUAGAUAUUCUCUGUUAUCUAAAUGUCUCGACCUGUUUGAUGAAAUGCUUGAGAUGAGAAUUCUUCCUGAUAUUUGGAGUUACAACACAUUAAUGAAUUGUUUCUUUAAAUUCGGAAAGCCAGAUGAAGCUUACAGGGUUUUUCAAGAUGUUCUUUUGAAAGAUAUAUCUGUUCAUUCAGCAACGUUUAAUAUUUUAAUUAAUGGGCUGUGUAUGAAUGGAUAUUCUGAGAAUGCCCUUAUGCUAUUUAGGAGUUUAAAGCGUCAUGGAUUUAUUCCGCAGUUAGUAACUUACAACAUUCUUAUUCAUGGUUUGUGCAAGUCAGGACGAGGAAACGUGGCAAGAGAGUUCCUCAACGAAUUGGUAGAAUCAGGUCAUAUCCCGAAUGCCAUCACUUAUACGACAGUAAUGAAAUGUUGCUUCAGAUAUAGACAAUUUGAAGAAGGCUUUAAAAUCUUUGCAGAGAUGAGAAACAAAGGAUAUACAUAUGACGCCUUUGCUUACUGUACAGUUGCAAGUAUGUUGCUUAAAACUGGGAGGAUAACUGAGGCUAAUGAGUACCUGGGAUAUAUCAUUACAAGUGGCUUUACCCUUGACAUUGUGUCUUUUAAUACCGUUUUUAAUCUAUAUUGCAAGGAAGGUCAGCUGGAUAAUGCUUAUAAGUUGUUAUAUGAGGCAGAAAAUGGAGGCUUGGAAUCUGACAAGUUCACCCAUGCUAUCUGGAUUGAUGGCUUGUGCAGAACUGGUAAUUUCCAAGAGGCCCAGCAACAAUUGAACCGUAUGAGUGUGACAGGUUUUGAUUCUAACUUGGUUGCGUGGAAUUCUUUUCUCAAUGGGUUGUGUAAAACUGGUCAAUUGGAUUAUGCUACACAUAUAUUUGAGUCAAUGGAUACGAAAGAUUCUGUUACUUACUCUACCAUAGUCCGUGGUCUUUGCCAAGCUAGGAGGUUUCGCGCAGCAUCUAAGUUACUACUAUCGUGUAUUAGAGGUGGCAUGAGAAUUCUUAAAUCAGAUAAACGAAUUGUUAUUGAUGGUCUUCGUAGUUGUGGACUUACGCAUGAAGCAAGGAAGGUCCAGUCUAAAAUCCAAAUGGCUAAGCUUCUGCAUUAUUGAUAAAUAAUGGUCAUCAACUUUGCCACUGAAGUUUUAACCUUAUUUAUUGGCUAAGAGUUCUACAUUAUAACGAUUUUGUGGAGUUGAAAUUUAAGAGAUAAUGCAACUGAGAAUACAACCUAUGUUAACCAGUUUUAAGUGGGUAGAAGUAUUCACUCCUCUUGUAAAAGGCAAACACAAUGACGUACUGAUGUUAGUUUUGAGCAGACAAAUGAUAGUUUUGGAGAUUUUUUUCCAGAUGCGGAUGGAUCAAGCAUAAAUUUUAUUUUCUCAGCUUACAAGGCGCAGUUGCUCUAUCUCCCCGGGAAGAACUUCCAACUGGAGCUGCACAAUCUAGUAUGAGUUCAUAUAGGCAUACCAUCAGACAAUAUUCUUCAGCCUGCUUGCUGUAGAAGAAAUGCUGACAAUUCAGGAAUGUGCAUCUUCCAAGACAUUGUUCAGGGGAAAAUGGUAUGAAAUUUCCUACCAUUCUUGAUGAGUUCUGUAGUCCUGGAUCCUGCUUUUUCUAUUCUUAAGGGCCCCUUUGUCUUCCUUGCAACUUCCAUUUUCUACUGCCUAAACUGCACAUAUGUGAUAAUCCCUGCUGAGAUCUUUGAUAUUUGCAGAAGCACUUAUUCAUGUUUCAAUAGUCAUAGAAAAUUUGCCUUACAGAUGAAUUGAGCUUUAUUUGGGGUAAACUUGCAGGGUUUUGUUGCUAAAAAAUUACUUUGACCUUAUAAAUUACUACUUCGCAGUAUAUCCAUCUUCUUUCUUUUGCUUCUCCUGUUAUGAAAUACGAAGUUAGUAUAAAUCGAAAAAUUGGGACUAAGUCAUUCCUAUACGUUUCUGGAUAUUGGUCUUAGUUAGUCUUACUCCGAGGAGUUGAGAGAUAAUGUGAAAUAACAACCUCAAUUGGUAGAGGUUAAUCAUUUGAAACUUGAAGGAGUGCUCCCUAAAAAGCAGAGACCUAGAUGAUAUAAGAAAUUAUCUGGUUAUUACAUCCUUUGUUUUUUUAAUUAGAUGUCCUCGAAGGGACCAUCCUUUGUUUCAUGUCUACACUCUACAUUUGCUAACUUUUCUUUCUUGGCAUUUGGUUCAUCAGAUUGGCCACUCAGGAGAACUUGGUCACUUUGGACACUCAAUGAACUUAGUUGAUCUAAAGCAGUCUUAAUGGAGCAUUAAUUGUUGAUUUCUAGAAAUCACUAAAUUAGAGGAUCACUUAGUCUUCCUCUAUAAGACAGCUAUUUGAUGUUCAAUUUUUAUUUAAAUGAAUCAGAAUUUUGAAUUUUCCUAUGUUCCAUUUGUUGAUCUUUCAUUUCCAAUUGAAAGUAGGGUUGAGGCUGGUUGAUCUACAAUGAUGAUUUGGUUCGAUACACUUCUCUGAAGAGUGCUAAUAGGGUUUAAGAUAGAAAAUUGGGUCUCUGGACCUGGAUUACGUGCAAAUUUAGUCAGUCAUCUAGCCGAACUUUCUAUAUGAAGGGAAUUUUUUGAGGUCUUUAUGUAACUUGCUCUAUGGUCUUUUGCUUAUUUUUACUUCACACAUAUUGACACAGAGGAGGUAUCCAUAUGUUUGUGUUGUGGAUUAUGAGACAACGACUUGAACAUUGCAAUUUGCAUCUAGUUUGAUGCAUAGAGGGAGUCAUUUACGGUUGGAGUUGAGCUCAGUGAUGCCUUUGUUUUUCUUCUGUUCUUUGCUAAGAUUUUCAUUUUGUUUGACAUAAUGAAUACAUAGGAAGAACCAGAACUUCAUGUGGUCGUGCAGGUUCAAGUCCCAAUACUAGUGUGUACCGUGUAAUAGUUGAGAUGUGCAUAAGUUGAUGAGAAUACUACCUGGUUGGAUGUUAUUAAAAGUUAAAAAGAUUAAUGAGUGGUGGAUUGCUAAAGCAACAGAUAGAUGAAUGAAGAGUGACAUCAGGCGGAAAAAAUGGGAAGAAAAAAAAGGCAGAGAGGGUCCAUUUUUGGCAGAAUGCGGAAACAAGAGUCAUGUAAAAUAGUAGUUGUUCAUCGUGACAUGUCAACGUGCCACCGCUAUGGCUUUAGGUAUGGAAGGCGACUGAUUGAUCUGCGCAUUAUUAUUGUGCUGUGCAAAUAUAUACAAUGGGGUGAUUGUGGUGGUCCAUUACUUCCUCAAUUAUCUUCCCCUUUACCUACACCAAAUGUCUAUAGUCUAUACAAACAACAAAAACAUGUCAUUCUCGUCCAUCUCCAUACUCUCUUAUCUAGAAUUCACGUCUCUCUAGUUCUUCCUCUAUCUACCUCGACCCCAAUAUAAAAUAUGUGUUUUUCAUGUAUAUAUUUACCCUUUCAGCACGGUUAACUGAUAUUGACUUUCAUGUUAAUUUGUAAUCGCCCAGUACUUUUCAUACUUUUAUAUUCUCUUCUAAAUUAUUUUGAACUGAA